CCGAACUGUUUGAUGUAGAAAAUUGGUAUGGAUUUUACUUGUGCAGGAACUGAUUAGGUUUGCAAUGAUGCAUGAUGGAGCUAAACAACUGAGCUUCAUAGAGUCAGUUAUAACCACAGCAAUUUCUUCAUCAUCGGAUCAAUUUAGAGGUUAAUUCGUGACUACAGAUGCAGUCCCUCAGAAAUUGUAGGCUUCCACAAAUUGAUCAUGGAGUAGUGAUUUUCAUGGUUUGUUGAUCUUUGUGGAACAGUCUAUGAUGUCAGAAAGGCAUGGAAUCUUCACAUCAGAUUGUUUCCCCAGCUCAUAAGGGUCAGCCCAUUAUUUAAGCACACCACAUCUAAAGAGCGUCAAAGUUUUAAGUCUGUCCUGCCUAAUCUAUCUGAAAAUGAAAGUUCCGGACGUCUAAUCCAGCAACCGGAGCAGGAGAUGUUACCUUUGCCUCCACUGAUAGAUAAUAAACAGCCUAGCAGUGUUUCUGAGGAGCAUAUCUCAACACUGAAUGAUGAUGAUCAACCAUCCCGGAGGGUUCCUGCUGACCUCGAAGAUGAAUCUAAAACUGAUGCAUCUAAACAAUUGAAAUUAACUGAUGAUUUUGAUCAAAUGGAGUGGACAGCUAACUCUAUUGGUCAAUCCAAAGUGGAUACAUCUAGAUCACUUGAGCAAUUACAAGAGUUCGAACAGCCAUCAGGACCAAAUAUGCCAACAGAAACACCCCAGGAAGAAGACAGGUCAAUAAAUGCUAUUUGUCCAAAGGAACUUGAGUUUGAACAUCAUAUGGAAUCAGUUUCUUUGGAGGAACAUUGUAAUGGUGGCUGUGAUCAUUCUGUUGCAAUCCCAGAGAAAGUUGCAGAUUUUAUUCAACCUCAGAAUGUGACGGAUGGAAAUAAACACAUGGCAGGACCUUCUAGUAGUAGUGGAGGUUCAGAUACCAUCCAUAAUUUUGAACAACUUGAUCACCAGCUGCGCCCACAGCAAGAAGACUUAAGUGUUGAAACCCAUCCAUUAGGUACAGAAAAUAGUCAAGGUGGUCCUAUUAUAUCACAAAUGUUUCCUUCACCUCUUUCUUGCACCCAAGUAAAUACGGCAGAAUGCCCAGUGCAAACUAACCAGCAGGUUUGGCCCACACACCAUGAUCAAUCAGCAUAUUAUCAGAUGUGGCAAUAUCAUUAUCAGCAACAAUAUCAGCAGUUUCUGCAAAUGCAGCAGUCCUACCCCCAUCCACAACUGCAACAACAAUAUCUACAGCAAACAUAUCAGCAUCAACACUUUCAGCAACAGAUGCCAUAUCUACAGCAAAUGGCACAAACAUUUCCGCAGCAAUAUCCGCAGAUGGUGCAGCCAAUGCAGCCGUACCUGCAAGUACAUGAUCAGCAACUGCAGUCAUAUAACCAGUCUCCAGCACUUGCCUACCAAUACCAAAUGGAUCUACAAACAUAUCAACAACACAUGCAGCUAUAUCAACAAAAUCAACAAACAUCGCACACUGUACAGCAAGAACAAGGAGGGUAUCCCCAUGGUCAGCUACAUCAAGAACAGGAGCUGAUCGAUCAGGGCCAACAGGUUACACAACAUAAUAACACACCUCAUGAAUCUCAAUCUGAACAAGUUUCGGCACAGUCAAAGAUUACGGAUGCAUCUACACAUGGUGCUUAGCAUGUAACUCAUGGAAUCUUAGUGCAGUUCAGGAACAUGUGUUCUUGCUCCUUAAUACAGAUCGAAAACACUCUUCCUGAGAUCUAUGAGCCAGAUGUAUUAUGGAGAACAAAUCUUAGUCUGCUCUUAUGACUGAUCAAAGCACUUGGGAGAAGGUUGGUGUAGACUUGUUGUAAAUGUAAAUGAAAUGGAAUUCGCCGUUUAGUAUAGUGUAUUGUUAUGAUCACUGCUUUAAAAAAAAUGCCGCCUUUUGGUUAUGAUAUCUAUUUAAUUGUAUUGGCUUCAAAGUAGAAUAACUUUGUUUAGGGGAUUGGAUUUAUUUAUAAUUGAUGCCCUUUCCUAAAUUUGAUGAUACAAGUUGUAUAUGUUAGUAUAGCUUGAGUCGCUCAAUUCAGAUCCUUCUGAUAAUUAAUUACAUGGUAUUUU